UCGACCGCAUUCGCUCGCAUGAGCUAGACGCGUUUACUAUACCGAGUUUCCGUGCGCUGUCCACUAGCGCUACGUCAAACGGUGACAGCUGUGUUUAGUCGCUGUACGGUCAUCGUGUACGAUCGCGGUUUGGGAAAUUGUGGAAGAAGUGUGAAUAGAUCGAGCGAAAAAUUGGCUUAAGAUUUGUUCCUCAGUCGGGAUUCAACUGAUCAGUGGGUUAACUCUUAGUAGAUCUUAGUAGUUCUGCAAAGCAAUAUUACCGUGUUACGAUCGUUCUAUCAAGGUUGGUUAUCUGAGUGAAUCUGAUUUCAAUCGACCCAUCAAGAAAAUCUUCAACCCUUAAAAGGAAAAUUCCCCAAGAGGUGAAUAGUAAACUCAAGUGGCUGCUCGAGCAACUCAUCGAGAAGUGAAGUGUUGACUAUAAACCACGGCAAUAAUCCGUUGCAAAAAAGUAAAUAAAUCGCCUAUAAGAGCAAAAAACAAGUGUUUAUCACACUCCAAUAGCCCUGACACAUCCCUGGUCACUCAGGAUGCACCGGCACCGUGUGUGAGUUUGAGCUGGUGUGGCUAGUUUUUCCGCUCCAUUUUCCAAAACCAUAAUGAAUGUAAUGAGUGAUUAAAAGCCGGUUGAUUGUGUGCAUUUGUGUGUGUGCAUGUGAAAGUGUUUUUGUGCGUAGGUCACAAAACGUGUUGUGGUUGCAUCCAGCCAAGCCCAACCAUCCCGUGCGGUGUGGUGUUUGUGCAGUUGCUGAUAGGUGGGCGCCCGUGUAUUUCUGUUCUAGUGCACAAUUUUCAUUACGCUUUUCCUGUCUGAUAUCGUGUAUGUGUGUGUGGUUGUGUUUGUGCUGAAAAACAAGUGCUGAAAGUCUCACCGAAUCCGUUUCAGUGGGACAAAAUCCCUCUACUCAUCACCACCACAGCUCAUCAGCACCGGCCACCGUUUCGUCUUCCGCAGGAACCGUUGGGCUGUACCGGAGAGCAGCAGAAAGGAAAGAAAGCAAAAGCAAAAAGCCAAGAUGAAGAUGUCAAAACUCUCCAAUCAGACCAACUCGCAGGACCCGCAGGCGGUGAACUCGCGAGUUUUCGUCGGCAACCUGAACACAUUUCAGUGCUCCAAGACGGAUGUGGAGCGCAUGUUCCAGCGCUACGGACGGUUGGCGGGAAUUUCCAUGCAUAAGGGAUACGCAUUUGUGCAGUUUACAAAUCCAUUCGAUGCGCGGAACGCCUGCCAUGGGGAGGAUGGUCGGACGGUGCUGAGCCAAACUUUGGAUGUGAAUAUGGUGGCGGAACCGAAACCACAUCAAACCGGUCGGAAACGGCAAAACAAAUCGAAAACCGGAAAUGAUUGGGAUUACUACUACGACAGCUACUACGCUUCAACACUAUUCGGGCCACUGCAGCAGCAACCGAACGCACAGCCACGGCCCUUGAAACGUCAGCGACUGAUGGCCCCGAAUCGUAUGGGCAUGACACCGAAAAUGAACGGUGCUGGACCGAUCCUUGGCCACAGUCCACAUCCACAGCAGCAGCAGCAGCAGCAACAGCAACAGGUACUCUCUCAACAACAGCAGCAGCAACAACAGCAACAGCAGCAACAACAACAGCAGCAGCAACAGAUGCAUCUUGUAGCACACUCACAGCAGCUGCAGCAACAAAUGCAAGCCGUUGCUACGGCCAGUCCCGUUUCCGGUGGCACUUGCAGUCUUGGGAAUUAUUACACCGCACCGGGCGGUAACAUUGGGUCAAGCAAUGGCGUACCGAUGCAGGUCCCAAAUGGAUGUAUUGGAUCGAAUGGCUUCAUUAACAACAACAACUGCUUGAUGAAUGGAGCGGAGCUGGGUGGGGUGGUCGGUGGUGGCAUUGGUGGAUGCACCAUGUCCAGCUAUACCAAUGGGCAGCACGUCGUUGGACCGUUCAAAACGUACAGUAAUCCCGACACACUCAUCUGCGGUAACUGCCGGGAGCUGUUCACCGACCUGACCGAGCUGCUGGAUCACAAGCGCAGCUACUGCAAGCUUCGAUUUACCUGCAAGUGUCUCAGUACCUCACCGGUGCAGAAAGUUUAUCCGAAUCCGCAGGCUAAACUGGUGUGCGUGGCGUGUAAGGACUCGUUCUCCAAUCCCUGGGAUCUAAUGGUGCAUGCACAGGCCGCACACAUGGUAAACAUCUACGAGCUGGGCGAAGGUUCGGCCGGGGAGGAUGGUAAGACGUCCGGUCUGGGCGGAGAUCGCACCACCAACAGUACGCCCACGAUGCCUUGCUCGCCGCCAGCACUGGAGCUCGGCAAGCUGAAUGGGACGGGAGCCGGGGUCAACAACCCGCUGGGAAAUGGAAUCCACGAGCUUGAUGACGAUAAGAAUGAUCAUGCGGAGGAUACUCAAUCGCAGGCGACGCCCAGUUCACCGGAAGCCUGCCUACAGACGGCUUCCUCCAGCGAGGACAUUUCUUCCAUGAACGACUCGCCCGUGAUCAACGUUAUCGCGAAGACGGAACCAACGGCCCUGCUGACCAACGGAUACGCCGGCAACACGAUGGACACAGCCCUGAAGACGAAUGGCCCAGCAAGGGCUUGCAUCAUGACCGCGUUGAGUAUAGACACAAAGUCGAACCAGGAUCCAACGGUGGCACUGAAAAUGGUCUCAUCCUCCAUGGGCAUAACGCUUACUAACGGUGCGGCCGUAACGGCCGUAACGCAGUAAGGCAUUUGCUGUAAGCUUACUUGUUGAAUUGAAUUCUCUUGCGCUCCUCUAUUUGCUAUUUUCGUAUUGCUGUAAAAUUUAUUCCAAUUUUGAUAUCUUCUUUACCACUGUUGACAGUCUUUUAUGUAUUUAUUUUUAUUUUCUAAUCUAAUGUUUAUUGUUUUAUAUUUUUGCUAUUUUUUAAAGUUACUACGAAUUAUUUGUUCCAUUUCUUUUGAUGAUUUUCAAAUUGGCGGUUAAUAACCUUAUUCUUUCCUAGCCGUUAGCAAAACCAUUAAAACAACAACACAUCAACCGUUCUUCUAAUGAGAGAAACGAAAAGUAUUCUAUUAUCGUAGAUAGUAAGACAAACGUUUAUAUAUAUACAGGAUAACAAAACAAAAGAAGGAAUAUAUGCAAAACCAAAGCAACCAACCAACAGCAAAGGUAAAAAACGCUCUAAAUAAAUGCUAAAAGAUGCGUUAAUCUAACGCCCGGAUUUAUCGCAACAGAAAAAAACUGACAGCAGACCAGCAGUGCUUAACACGAAACAUACGAAACGAGAAGAGAGCAUAACCAACAUGUACGUAACAAUACAAAUAUGGUUCGUCUUAUGCUGCAUUUGCCUGCCAAUCCAAACCACAAAAAAUGGUAGAAAAACAUAUAACAGGCAGACACACAGCAAGAUUGCGGGGGAGAGAGAAAAAAAAACCGACGAAACGUUUCAAAAUCUCGAAACAAAACUUCCACUCCACCCACUGGCUAGUGGAUGAACGAUAAAUGAAUACAAAACAAACCGAGAGCUUAUGGUAUGAUUUAUGUUUAUAAACUGCACAAACCUGAGGGAACAAAAACCGAGUACACUGUAGCUGCCCCGUUUGUGCUGUUUCCGAUUUCCUAUGCACGGUCGGUCGAGCGUUAAUGCUGUCGAAAAAAGGGGCAAACAGAAAAAAACGGUUAAAGAAAACGGGAGCAAAUAAAUCUCCGUUUUCCGCAAACCAAACCAUUGUUGAUUAGAUAAUGCCAUAAGGAGCAAAGAUGUCGGAGGAAAUACAAAGCAAAAAGUCUGGCAUCACGUUUCACAAACAUUUGCCUCAACGUUCGUGCAACGAAGCAGAGAGAGAGAAAAACCAAGGGAAGGAAGUGAACGAUAACAACCCAACAUGGGGUUAGCUAGGAUUUGACUUGAAAACCCCUCUGAACCUACCCCCCUGGUGUGAGCUAUGCAACAAGCUAACUCCUGCUGCUUGCUGGAUAUUAUAACACCUUCAAAUCCAUCGCGUCAAGGCGUGUGUGUUAGCCCUUUGUACAUAUCAUCCUUGGAGGCAAAAAAAAUACCUUGAGUAGCAUAUUAACACACACACACACACACAGAGGUGACAAAGCUAUUUAAAUGCCGCGACAAAACAUGAUAUUCGGGACGUGACGGUGUGGUAGGCACAAGAACAAGACUCCUCAAGGGAGAUUCCACGGACACAGGUUUACAUUACUUACCGAUAAGCGACAAAAUCUUCCCACGUUUAUCCCUUCCCGUAUUUGGUAUUUUAUAAAAAGAGUAAAUGCUGCAAACCGCUCUCGACGAGCUGAACAUAAUCAAAACCACCUUCCCAUCCCGCUCUUCCUCCAUCACCCUUCCCAUCCCAUCCCAUCUUCCUGCCACAAGGGAUAUACUAUCGAUGUUAUAAUGUUUGUACGUGGCAGUAUCACCAGGAACGGCUAGCCCUAUGAAUUUUAAGUUCUAAUUGUUGUAAACCUUUACUUCGUAAGAACAGUAAGAAGGAUGGAACGAUAGGAGAAUAUCAUAUUCAGCGAUCGGGUUUCUGGUGCGGGAGGAAAAAAAACGAAUAGCUUAUGAAAUGUUAAUCCCUUUGUUUAGUUCAUAACCGAUGCAAAACAAAACAUAAUUUCUCUUGCGGUAGUGUGAUUACUUAGUUUAAAACUAGUUGUUCUAAUGUUUCCAAACGAAUCGAUUGUGCAAAAAACAAACAACAGCAGCAAACAACAAAACAGAAACACAUGUAAGAGAAGCUAAUAAAUUUGGUUUGUCCGUUGCAACACAUUCUA